CUUGAAGUCGCUGUUUCAGUUGUUUUUACCUACUCGAAGCGUUAGGUACAUACUAAUCGUCUCCGUGCGUUUCGGUGUUCCCCCAUCGUCGUCGUAUUCGGUAGAAAACGGUCGCAAAAAGACAAACAAACAAAAAACCACAAAAAGCAAGGAGAACGUCAUUCCUGCCAAAUAUCUAGCCAUGGGUGUAAUGGUCAGAGUAUUAAUUGCAGGCCUUUGCUUGGGUCUGGCCGCCUUGUAUCAGAAUUACCGUCUACUAAAUCAACCCAUUCCUGCACCAAAAUUAGACGAGAAACAAUACUGGGGGCCAGGUAGUGGAGCUGAUUAUAAGGAAGAUGUUUCCAUUAAACCAUUCGAUAUUGCCGCUAAGCCGGAGAUUAUUGAAGAUCUUAAAUUACAACUACAGCGACCAUACAAAUUACAUGAUCCAUUGGAAGAUGUGGCAUUCGAAUAUGGUUUCAACUCGAAAUAUUUGCAAAAAGUUAUCAAAUACUGGCGUGAUGAUUAUCUGGCAAAGUGGUCGGAACGUGAAAGUUUUUUGAAAAAAUUCAAUCAUUUCCAAACCGAAAUUCAAGGAUUGAAAAUUCAUUUCAUCCAUGUAAAGCCCAAGAAGACUGAAGGUAAAAAGGUAUUGCCCUUACUCUUAUUGCAUGGCUGGCCAGGCUCUGUACGCGAAUUCUACGACAUUAUUCCCUUGUUGACGACACCCAAUGACAAGAGUGACUAUGUCUUUGAAGUUGUUGCUCCCAGCUUGGUAGGUUAUGGUUGGUCGCAGCCUGCUUCUAAGAAAAACUUUGGUCCAGCUGAGAUGUCUGUUGUGAUGCGCAAUCUUAUGUUGCGUUUGGGUCACAACAAAUUCCUCAUCCAAGGCGGUGACUGGGGUUCCAUUAUUGGCUCCAACUUGGCCUCCCUAUUCCCCGAAAACACACUUGGAUACCACUCUAAUAUGUGCGGCACCAUGAGUCCUGUUAGCAUGAUUAAAAUGCUUGCUUCCAACUUCCUACCAAGCUUCUUCUAUGAAAAACAAUAUUCGAAAUUCUUUAAACCUUUGGGCGAUUUCUUCGGCUAUAUGAUGGAAGAAAGCGGCUACAUGCAUCUGCAAGCCACCAAACCUGAUACUAUUGGUACUGCUCUGGCCCAUAAUCCAGUUGGCUUGGCUGCCUACAUCAUGGAAAAAUUCUCCACGUGGACCAAUGUUGAAUUCAAACAUUUACCCGAUGGUGGCCUGACCAAACGUUACACUCUCGACGGUCUGCUCGACAAUGUUAUGAUCUAUUAUCUGACCAAUUCAAUCACGACCUCUCAACGUCUCUAUGCCGAAGCAUUCAACAAGCCACAAAUGGAACUGCAAAUGGAUCGUGUUGCAGUUAAAGCACCAACUGGCUGUGCUCGUUUCCUCCAUGACCUCUGGCACACAACCGAUUGCCAGUUGAAAGACAAGUUCGUGAAUUUGGUUACAAGCACAUACUACGAAGAUGGUGGCCAUUUCGCUGCAAUGGAGUUGCCACAAGUAUUGUACAAUGAUUUCAUCGAAUUUGUUAAGAAAGCUAAUUUAUAAAUUUGAUCGAUAUGUUAAUUAUAAAUUAUUAUUUUGUUUUUCUAUUAAUAAUUGUGGAUGUGAUUCAAAAUAUUUCAUAGUUAGUUGGUUAGUUUUUUUGGAAUGUUUUAUAACUUUUGUUUUUCAUGGAAUGAAAUAUAUUUUAUAAAACAACAACAAA